AUGGCCACGACCAAUGGAACCUUGGAGAACGGGCAGCCCGACAAGAAGAUGCCUCCCUUGCCUCAUCCCAUUAGGAAUCUGGAGGUCAAGCACACAAAGAUAUUUAUCAACAAUGAGUGGCAUGAAUCCAAGAGUGGAAAAAAGUUUCCAACCUAUAAUCCUUCAACUGUAGAGAAAAUAUGUGAAGUGGAAGAAGGAGACAAGACUCUGGAAACUAUGGACACAGGAAAACCUUUUCUUCAUGCCUUUUUCAUUGACCUGGAGGGCUGUAUCAAAACACUCAGAUACUAUGCAGGGUGGGCAGACAAGAUCCACGGCAGAACUAUUCCAGCAGAUGAAAAUGUUGUGUGUUUUACCAGGCACGAACCAAUAGGUGUCUGUGGAGCAAUUAUUCCUUGGAACUUCCCGUUGAUGAUGCUUAUUUGGAAGAUGGCACCAGCCCUAUGCUGUGGGAAUACCAUCGUUAUUAAGCCAGCUGAGCAGACACCCCUAACAUCACUUUAUCUUGGAUCUUUGAUCAAAGAGGUGGGAUUCCCUCCAGGAGUAGUGAACAUAGUUCCAGGCUAUGGGCCAACAGCAGGAGCAGCUAUUUCUUCACACCCUAAGAUCGACAAAAUAGCCUUCACUGGAUCCACAGAGGUUGGAAAGCUCAUUAAAGAAGCUGCUUCUAAAAGUAAUCUAAAAAGAGUAACUCUAGAACUUGGAGGGAAAAAUCCAUGUAUUGUGUGUGCUGAUGCUGAUUUGGAUUUGGCAGUAGAGUGUGCCCAUCAGGGAGUGUUCUUUAACCAAGGCCAGUGCUGCACAGCUGCCUCCCGAGUGUUUGUAGAAGAGCAGAUCUACCCUGAAUUUGUCAAGCGGAGCGUGGAGUAUGCCAAGAAGAGACUCGUUGGAGACCCAUUUGAUGUCAAGACUGAACAAGGGCCACAGAUUGACCAAAAGCAGUUUGACAAAAUUCUGGACCUGAUAGAGAGUGGGAAGAAAGAAGGUGCUAAACUGGAAUAUGGGGGCUCAGCCAUGGAAGACAGGGGGCUAUUCAUAAAGCCCACAGUGUUCUCCGAAGUUACAGACAACAUGCGGAUUGCCAAAGAGGAGAUCUUUGGACCUGUCCAACCAAUAAUGAAGUUCAAAAAUAUAGAAGAAGUCAUAAAAAGAGCAAACAGUAUUGAGUAUGGACUCACUGCAGCAGUAUUCACUAAAAAUCUUGAUAAAGCAUUGAAACUGGCUUCUGCAUUAGAAUCUGGAACGGUCUGGAUCAACUGCUACAAUGCCAUCUAUGCACAAGCUCCAUUUGGUGGCUUUAAAAUGUCAGGAAAUGGCAGAGAACUAGGUGAAUAUGCUUUGGCGGAAUACACAGAAGUGAAAACAGUUACUAUUAAACUCAAUGAGAAGAACCAUUGAAUGGGAGAUAUUCUUUAAGCAUCUGACGUUCUGAAUGUGGCAGAGAAAUUUUGUAGAACACAGCACUUCUUUAAAAAAACAACAACUACUACUACUACUACUUUAUUUCUUCUAGGACUUUUAUAUUUCUCAGAUUUUGAAAAGAAGUUUUUUCUCAUUCACAUCCACCUUCACUCAUCCAAACUCUGGAGGGCUCCAUUAGCCAUCUGUGAAUUUUGUCAUACUUUAUGGUAGUCAAGUCAUCGGUUAUUAUUAGUUUUGCCCCUUUAGACCUGGUCACUGGGGACAGUGAAGAAGCUCAGGACAUUGUUAAAAAAAAGUUUCCAAAAACAAUGGUGUCUGACCUGCGCUUGAAAAGCACU